GGGUGCAUUGUCUGUUCCCUUCAUUGUAAAUGCAUGGCUGUUGGAUGUAACCUGAGAGACGUUUGCUCCAACUCUAGAUACCCCUGAACGGCAUGGGGAGAAAGCGUUAACUGCAGGGAGAGAGAAGAUGCAGCACACCUCCUGCACGGAAGACCGUAUCCAGCACGCACUGGAGAGAUGCUUGGACGGUCUCCAAUGCUCUGACUCCACCGCAUGGAACGCAGGGAGGUGUAUGAACCGUUGGAGCCUGGAGGAGUUGGUUAAGAGGGAUCCCGAGAAUUUUCUUAUCCUUCUCCAGCAGAUUCUUCAGAAAACCAGAGAGGUUCAGGAGAAGUGUCAGUAUGAAUUGGUGGCCCCCCUUACUCUCAUGUUUGAGUCCACUCUCCUACAGACCCCCUUCCUUCCCCCAGAUGGGGAGCUACUGAAAGAAGCCAGUGAGGUUUUCCAUGGCUUCCUGACAUGGCCAGAGCCUUAUUGUGGUGUGUGUCGAAAUCUACUCUCUACCCUCCACCAAGAGCUCAGGGCACCAGGGAUUUCAUACCACAGACUGAUGAGAGAGGAACAAGGCCUUACCACCUCCACUCAUCGCUCUAAGACCAUUACGGUGCUGUUAAUGAACACUUCUGAGGUACCUCCUGAGUUCUUAUCUGUGGCUGAGCAGUUGAAUGGUCUUCAGCCAUGCCCGGAAGAGACCAUCAUUACUCUUAUUAAACACGCGUACCAGGCCAAUCUUGGGACGAAAUACCCUCUCCAGAACAUCAGCAAUGCCCUGCAGUCCAGAGGAAUUGAGGAACUUCGGCAGAUCCUGUCCACCGUAACCAGGCUUCUGGAGACAAGUGCGACCACAGCUGACCUCAGCAAAGCACGGUCUCAUGUGGUGAAGGGCUUGGAGGAGCUGCGGGAAGAGCUUGGCAUCCAAGCAUCCAACGGCAGGAAAUCCGACGGGAUGCUUCAGACUCUGCGAAUGGCCACAGCCAAAUGCUACAUGUUUUACUGGGACAAGGACAAUUUUGAUGUUCUGAACGAUUUGCCGGAGGCUGAGUAUGAACUUGGAGCUCAUCAGACGUCCAAUGGCCUUGGGGAGGAGGAUGAAGAUGAUGAAGAGGAGGACGAAGAUGAAGACUUGGAGGAGAUGGAGGAGUUUGUCAUCAAUGGUACCGCCAAUCACCGAGCCUCCACCUUCUCCACAGUCUCCUCCCUUUCCACUGCCUCUAAAGACUCCAUGUUCUCCACUCUCUCAGUGGCCUCCUCUGAGUACUCUCCUUUAUCCACUCUCUCCUCCUCCCAAGCCUCAGGCACUGACAGUGACUUCUGUGAGGAAGCAGAGGAGGAGGGCACACCAGAGAGGAGCCCUGUAUCGACUGGCAAAUCCAAAACUGGCGGGCGAAUCUCGAAACGUCUUUCCCGGCUCUUCAAGCCGCGAUCCAACCUGUGCCGUGCUAAAAGCCUGGGCACCCCUGAAGCCAAAGAACUGGUCACCGCCGUGCGUUCCCAGCGUUCUAACUCUCUACCCCAGCAGGUCCAGCUUCACAACUCAGAGUUGGGCCUGUCUCCCGGCCCUUUGGGACAGCUACGUCAUGUGUGCUACAGGAGGAGGCCCAUCCUGAGCAGCGAUGAGGACGUUGAGACAGGUGGAGGGUGCACUUUGCUCAGGGUGGUGGUGUUUGGAGCGGACCACAUGGCUGGCAGGGUGGCCCGUGCCUACAGUCGUCUUAGGAGGCGGGAGAGAACCUGCCCUCGACUUAGCAGGGCCUUCAAGCUCCGAUUCUUCUUCAUCCCUGUGAGGAGAGACACGAACAGCCUGGCUUCCAUGUCUCAGCUCUCUUUGACUCCGCUUCGAGGAGCUGCCUCCACCACGGAUUUAAGUGUUGGCAGUUCAGAGGAUAGCACUAAUGACAUUGCCCAGCUGCUUGGCAUGCUGGACCCCUGGUACGAGAGGAACACUCUUAGUCUUCUCAACCUGCCCAUCAACGUCGUAUGCCAACAAACGUCGAAAAUCGAGACGGACUCGUACGACGAUUCCAGCGAAGAGCGUCUGCCCAUCUUGGCCGACCUGAUCCUGUAUUACUGCCGUCACGCCACACGUCCGGCUCUCAUUCAGCUCUACCAGGCCGAGUUAACUCUUGCUGGAGGGGAAAAACGGAAUGAGGUUUUCAUCCAUUCCCUGGAACUGGGUCACACAGCUGGUACACGAGCCAUAAAGGCGAUGGGAGCUGCUAGCAAGCGGUUUGGGAUUGAUGGAGACCGUGAGGCAGUGCCCCUAUCUCUGGAGGUUGUUUACAACAAGGUUGUGGUUAGUGGGAGAAGUCAACGGAUAAAAGCAGAGAAAGUUUGCACAUCUAUAAACCUGACAAAAGCCUGCAAGAACCCUGAGGAGUUGGAUUCGAAAAUGGAGUGCCUGCAGUUAACGAUGACUGAGGUGCUGAAAAGGCAGAACUCUAAAUCGAAGAAGGGUUACAAUCAGCAAAUAACGACCACCAAGGUGAAAGUCGAUAAGGUCCAGGUGAGCGGCGCCGGUAGUACCACCUUCGCCGUGUGUCUCGACCAGGAUGAGAAGAAGAUUCUACAAAGUGUGACCAGAUGUGAUGUGUCAGUUUGCUACAAACCAGAGAGUUGCAAAGACUGGACGCGAGGGAGAACGCUGUGGUCACAGAUCCAGCCACUUCAUCCCACCUUCUGCUCUCUGCUCUGCCUGCCCAUUGCCACCUUCAGUGGACCACAACCCUGA